AUGAGAUCUGGACUAACGACUAUUCUUACAAUGCAGCGCGAGAACAAGACGUUCCUCGCCCGCCUUUGCGAGCAGGCCGAGCGCUACGAUGUCGCCAACAUUGGCGGCGAACUCACUGUCGACGAGCGUAACCUUCUGUCCGUUGCCUACAAGAACGUGGUUGGCACCCGUCGUGCCUCCUGGCGCAUCAUCUCCUCCAUCGAGCAGAAGGAGGAAACUAAGGGUACCGAUGAGCACGUUGGCAUCAUUCGUGACUACCGUCAAAAGAUCGAGACCGAGCUGGAGAAGGUCUGCCAGGAUGUGCUCGACGUCCUCGAUGAGGCUCUCAUCCCCAAGGCCGAGACUGGCGAGUCCAAGGUCUUCUACUACAAGAUGAAGGGUGACUACCACCGUUACCUCGCCGAGUUCGCUUCUGGUCCUAAGCGCAAGGGUGCCGCCACUGCUGCCCACGAGGCUUACAAGAGCGCCACCGAUGUUGCCCAGACCGAACUCACCCCCACUCACCCCAUCCGCCUGGGUCUUGCCCUGAACUUCUCCGUCUUCUACUACGAGAUCCUCAACUCCCCUGAUCGCGCAUGCCACCUUGCCAAGCAGGCAUUCGACGACGCCAUCGCCGAGCUUGACUCUCUCUCCGAGGAGAGCUACCGCGACAGCACUCUGAUCAUGCAGCUCCUGCGCGACAACCUCACUCUCUGGACCUCAUCCGACGGCAACGACGGCGAGGCCCCCAAGGAGGACAAGCCUGAGGAGGAGGCCCAGGCCCCCGCCUCCGAGGCUGUUGCUCCUGCUGAGGAGAAGCCCGAGGAGUCCAAGCCUGUUGAGGCCGACUCUUAA